CUGCGACAUCAGAAACCGCCGCCCUCCCCCCAGGUGAGGCUAAGACCCCGCCAUGCCCAGGAUGGACGUGGGGCCCAGCUGCCCACCCUGCCGUGCCUGGCACCUGCUGCUGCUCCUGCUGGCUCUGCCCCUCAGGGCCCAGGGCAGCACCGGCUGCUAUGGAAUCCCAGGGAUGCCGGGACUGCCAGGGGCUCCCGGGAAAGAUGGGCACGAUGGCCUGCCGGGGCCCAAGGGAGAGCCAGGAAUCCCAGCCAUCCCUGGAACUCAAGGACCCAAGGGUCAGAAGGGAGAGCCUGGCAAAGCUGGCCACCCCGGGAAAAAUGGCCCCCUGGGAGCCAUCGGGAAACCAGGAGACGUGGGCCCUAUGGGGGGUAGGGGGGAUCCGGGGGACGAGGGCAGGUACAAGCAGAAGCACCAGUCAGUGUUCACCGUCACCCGGCAGACUUCCCAGUACCCAGCAGCCAACGGCCUGGUCAAGUUCAACGUGGCCAUCACCAACCCCCAGGGGGAUUACGACCUCAGCACAGGCAAGUUCACCUGCAAAGUGCCGGGCCUCUACUACUUCGUCUACCACACGUCGCAGACGGCCAACCUGUGCGUGCACCUGUACCGCAGCGGCGUGCAGGUGACCACCUUCUGCGACCACAUGUCCAACAGCAAGCAGGUCAGCUCGGGAGGCGUGGCGCUGCACCUGCAGGCCGGCCAGGAGGUGUGGCUGGCUGUCAACGACUACAACGGCAUGGUGGGCACCGAGGGCUCGGACAGCGUCUUCUCCGGCUUCCUGCUCUUCCCCGACUAGAACCAGACCCCCACCUCCAUCCGUGUCCCACAUCCUGGCUCAGACUGUUUUCCCCACCCGAUGGACUCCUCCUCCAGGAAGCCCCCCUGACUCCCAACCCUCUCCGUUCCCUACCUCCUCUGAGCUCCUUCAGGGGUCAUUGCUUGUCCUGUUCCUUUGAUACUUAACCAGACUGUCAGUCACCUUUUUUUUUUUUUUUGAAAGCUCUUGGAAGAGGCAGGGAGAUCGAUGAAUAAAUAAUUAGCCUGAUAAAUAUGCAUGG